AUGUCUACCGAACGUCGCUUGAAAGCCCUCAAAACCAGGCUUCGCAGUAUUCAAACAUCAUUUGGGCUAAUCAAGGCGUUUGUGGACGAAUAUAACGACGAGACGCAUUCGGAUGAGGUUCCUGUACGUCUGGAAAACCUUGGUGUUUUGUGGAAUGAUUUCCUGAAGGUUCAAGGAGAAAUCGAGGCCAUGGACAUUCUGGAGCCGAAAGCAAUUGAGGCUCACCUAGUACAACGAGUGGAAUUCGAGUCUCUUUAUUACAAAGUGAAGGGAUUUCUUCUUGCUGCCAAUAAACUACCACCUUCACCCAAUAUGCCAAUCGGUUCCAGCUUUACGUCGCACUUUCCUUCUUCUUCACAUCAUAUACGGCUCCCAGACAUCAAAAUUCCAACGUUCAGUGGCACCAUAGACACGUGGCUCAACUUUCACGAUCUCUUCGUAUCGCUUGUGCACUCAUCGCAUGAACUUUCUAGCAUUCAGAAGUUCUAUUACUUGCGUGCUUCUCUCUCCGGCGAUGCCCAAAAGUUGAUUCAGACCAUUCCGAUCAAUUCCAACAACUACUUAGUUGCUUGGAAUUUACUCUUGGAUCACUUCCAAAAUCCAAGUCGUUUGAAGCAGUCGUAUGUCGAUUCUCUGUUUGAGUUCUCAGCAUUAAAAUCGGAAUCAGCUUCGGAAUUACAUUCUCUUGUGGAACGAUUUGAGGCCAACGUCAAAAUUCUACAUCAGCUAGGCGAACGGACCGAAUACUGUGACAUACUGCUUAUUCGAAUGCUUAGCAUUCGUUUAGACAGCACGACUAGACGGGACUGGGAAGUUUAUGCUACGACUAAAGACAGCGUUUCAUUCCAAGACCUCGUAGCAUUCAUUCAACGCAGGGUAACUGUCCUAGAAAGCAUUAAGGCGAAAGUUCCAGAAACUACUUUCUCUGGAAACUUAAGAAAAUCCACACAGCGGUCUGUUAGCAGCCAUAGUGCUUAUCAGUUGAACGAUAAACAUUGCGCAAUCUGUUCCGAGAAUCAUGUUCUGUACCAUUGCCCCAAAUUUGCAAAAAUGAAUUUGGAUACGAAGGAGAAAGAAAUUCGUCGACUGCACUUGUGUCGUAACUGCUUGCGUAAGGGUCAUUUAGCCAAUAACUGUUCAUCCACAAAUUGUAGAAAAUGUAGAGGGCGUCAUCAUACUCUGCUGUGUUCAGGAGACUCUCACAGCAACAAGUCUACUGAAUCCACGAAAGCCGAAAAUUCUCUACCAUCUCAACAACCUACGACGUCGGUGUCAGCCAGUCUAGAUAAUCCAGUGAGCCUUGCUUCCACUGGUUGUAAAAAAGUUUUACUUGCCACAGCUACUGUCAAUCUCAUCGAUGACAAUGGAACAAUCCACACAGCCAGAGCUUUGCUUGACUCUGGCAGUGAGUGCUGCUUCAUCACAGAAUCGUUAUCGCAACGAAUGAAGUCCAGCCGCGUAAAAAUCAACCUCCCUAUCAGCGGAAUUGGCCAAUCACUUUCCCACGCACGACACAAGAUACAAACCACGCUACAGUCUCGUGUCAGCAACUUUUCGACUACCCUCGAAUUUAUUGUCCUUCCCAAGGUCACUACUAAUUUGCCAUCAUCAUGCUUUGACGUCAGUGAUUGGAAAAUACCUUCCGACAUCAACCUAGCAGACCCCGCCUUCUUUGCAACCAAUCCUGUCGAACUCAUACUAGGAGCCGAAAUCUUCUUCGAGCUACUCAAACCUCCAGGACGAAUUUCUCUCGGCGAUAGUUACCCCCUGCUGAUCAACUCUACAUUAGGCUGGAUCGUAUCUGGAAGGACAAGCAACUGCCAUUCUACAGGUCCUGUAAUGGCAUCCGUAGCUUCGGUCGCUGAGCUUCAUCGGUUGAUGGAACGAUUUUGGUUAAUCGAAGAAGGUGACUCAACUCCGUGCCACUCAGUGGAAGAGGCUGCUUGCGAGAACCACUUCCAGAGCACGGUUUCUCGAACGGAUGAUGGCAGAUACAUGGUGCGGUUACCAGUGAAGCAGGACCUUCUCCCCAACCUAGGCAGCAAUUGGAAUACGGCAAAUCGGCGUUUCAAGUACUUGGAAAGUAAACUAUCACGGAAUAAUGAUCAGCGAAUCCAGUAUGUCGAGUUUAUGCACGAAUAUUUGUUCUUGGGUCACAUGUGUGAAGUAAAUAGAGCUCACCAAUUAAACGCUCUCGAGUACUUCAUGCCUCAUCACGCAGUAAUACGCGAAUCGAGCACUACUACUAAAAUUCGCGUAGUCUUUGAUGCAUCCUGCAGGUCCGCAUCCGGUGCAUCACUGAACGACAUCCUCAUGGUUGGCCCUGUAGUACAGGAGGACAUCCGAUCUAUCAUCAUGCGAGCUCGAAAACAUCAAAUCAUGCUUAUUGGCGACAUAAAGCAAAUGUACCGACAAAUAUUAGUAGAUCCACGUGACACCCCGAUGCAGAGCAUUGUCUGGAGAAGCAAUCCAACAUCGCCACUGGCAACCUUCGAGCUCAAAACCGUCACUUACGGUACAGCGAGCGCCCCGUUUCUAGCAACUCGUGUGUUGCAGCAACUUGCCGACGACGAGCAAAAAGACUUUCCCGAAGCAGCGACCAUCCUGAAACAAGAUUUCUACGUAGACGAUUUAUUCUCCGGAGCUGAAACUGUUGAAAAGGUCAUAUCGUUACGCGAGCAACUUGAUGCAUUAUGUCAGCGAGGAGGAUUUGAACUCCCCUGCUCGCGCUUUGGCGAACCUUUACGGGUAAAAAUCGUAGACGAGCGGGAAUCGCCACUCGUGUACACGAUUUUAUUAGUCCUUGACUUCAACCCACCAAAGGCUUCUCACUUCGGGGGACUGUGGGAGGCUGCUAUCUUUUCAGCCCAAAAGCAUUUUGUACGAGUGAUUGGGAAUCAUACAUUAGCCUACGACGACAUGGUUACGCUUUUAUGUCAGAUCGAAGGCUGCUUAAAUUCUCGCCCCAUCACCCCCCUGAGUGACGAAUCUUCGGAUCUAGAACCACUCACUCCCGGACAUUUUUUGAUCGGUUCGCAACUUAAAGCAGUUCCAGACAACGACCUAUCAGCUAUCCAAAUGAAUCGUCUUCGCAAAUGGCAACAAACCCAGAAAAUCUUCCAGGACAUUUGGAAGAGAUGGCAUCGCGAGUAUCUGUGCACUUUGCAGGCAAGAACCAAAUGGUGCAACACUCCUGUCGAAAUCAAACCUGGUCAACUGGUACUCCUCAAAGACGAAGGAAAAAUUCCUAUGCACUGGCCAACAGCGAGAAUUACUGAGAUCCACCCCGGAGACGAUGGAAUUACACGGGUUGUUUCUGUUCGAAGCUCAUCCAAGGUCUACACUUGUCCGGUGACGAAAAUUUGUGUACUGCCGUUCUCAUCACAACCAACUCCUACUGAAGCGCCUGAGAAAUCCAACAAGUCCGGUGAAGGCCAAUCCGAUAUCCAGGCAAAGUCAACAAGCCGAGGGAGUGCCCAUUCGUCCGAUUACACGGUGCGCCGCCAAACUCAUCUUUCCACCCAGUCAUCAAAACCGCCCAGCAUGCAGCCAGUGCCGCACAAGGUUUUCGCAUCAAGAAGGUCAGCGUAA